CCAAUCUUCAAUAAUUGUCCCAAUGAGCCUGUACAUGUCAUACUGAACAGCUUCAUUGCCAACCCUUGGAACAUAACAAAGCCCACUGCAACUGAUAAUUCUGGGCAAGAACCCACAAUUUAUUUUACACCUACUGAUUUUGAAUGGCCCUCCUCAUUCCAGCAGGUAAGAGUAUUACUUUAAUAGUUGUGUAAUGAUAAAAGUCAUGACAUAUGUAAUAUAUAAGACUUAUUUGUUGACAUUAUUUGGUUGUGGACAUUAUUUGGGCAUUCCUGUAUUUUUUCCAAAACAUAAUGGGUUUCAAAAAAUAAUUUAAAGGUUUUAAAGAUCAUGUUAACUAACUGAAUUGUGUACCAAUGUAAAAUUUUGAACAUACCUAUCGAAUAACAAAUAAUUUUUUUCAUUUAAUGUAAAAAGUUUUGGUUUCUGAGUGACUUAUUCUUUUACACUUUUGACCUUCCAGUACUACAGAGCCCAGUUUACAUGCCCCUUGCUUAAUUUUGGUCCAUCCUGUGUAUUGUAUUUCUCUGGUUCCCUUGAUAUCUUGUGGGCAUUCCCUGAGUGACUCCCUACGUAGGCAUUGGAUGGGAGAUGAGCAAUAAUAAUUAUUUUAUUACUAGCAUCAAAAUUGUCAUUUUAUUAUUUAUGAUAGUAAAAAUAAAAAUGCUGCAAUGUCCAUUGAGAGGCCAGCAGCUCACCUCAUCUCAGCAAAUAAACAUGCUUCAUUAUUUUAAACAAUACAACAGUCUUUAAGUAAGAAAGCUUUACUUUUGAUUUUAAAAGAAAAUGAUUUCUAAAUAUCUUGAUAGGUGCAGACAGUUAAAAUGACAGCAGAAGAUGCUUCAGGCAACAAGGCGGUAUGCAACAUAGCUGUCAACAUCAUGGGUAUGUGAGUUUAAUACACUGCAACUUGGCGCCAGACAUACAAUAAAAAAAAAAAGCUCAGCAAAAGAGAGCUUGGUUAAUAAGUUAGGAAAAAAUCUAAAAAUAAUCUAAAAAAACUUUCACUUCUCUCUUAAUAUUUAUUGAACAUCUGGAAAUACAGAUUAAAACUAUUGUAUCGAAAUGUUAUUUUAAAACUGUAAUGACAAAUUAAUAUAUCAGAAACAGGGUCAUCUGAAUCUUAUAAAAAAAUUUUUUUUAUGAGUUUCCAUAUCUUGGAAUUGUUGCAAUGUACUGCACACAAAGUGAGUAAUUCACAGCUUCUGUUUCUGCAUUAAAUGAAACACCACAAGUAUUUUAUUUGUCCCCUAUGUAUGUUACAAAAAAAAUUGAACUCACGCUGCUAAAUAGUAUGUACUUAUCUGUACUUAUCUCUCUGAAGAAAUGGACAUCAAAAAUUGCAUUAAUUAUUAAUUGACUAUUAAUUAUUUUAUCUCAAUUUUUUGUGUGGAGAUUUAGUGAUUCACAUUAAAAUAUAACCUAGACUUCUGUUUUCACUCAUAAAUUGAAGGAAAAUAGAAUGGGUAAUUAAAUGAAGAUUAUAAAUGAGAGGAAAAAAAGCAAUGUUAACUGUAUAAAUAUCAUAAACAAGGAAAUUAGUUAAUAUAUAAAAAAAUAAAUGGUUCAAGUACUAACAUACAUAUCAGUCAAAAGUUGGUUUGUCUGUGGGUCAUAAAUAGAUUUUAGAAGUAUACAUUUGCCAUUUAGGCCUCAAAAUAUUUAUCUCAGUUUAAAAAAAAACUAACUCUUUCCCUCUAAUGUUUUAUUGGGAUGUAUGGGAAAUUAAGUAAAAUAUCCUGUAAUAACAAUUUUGAGCUUUUUUAAAAUUGAAAUUUUGCUUUGGUGCAUGCAAAUGUUCAUGUCCAAAAAAAUGGCUGAGAGAUAUUAAAAUUGGAACCACCUCAAUUUCUGCUUUAAUUAUUUUUAAAUGCAACCUUAAAAACCAAUUUUACUGAAUAAAUCUCUUGAAUGUUCAGAUGCUCAAGACAUUUAUUGCAGUACUUAGUCAAACAUUUUCAAUAUUCAAUAUCAUUUCUUGCUCAUGUUAUAUAAACUGAUCAAGAUUUGUAGAUACUUCGUCUCAUUCCAGAUUAGGACCCACAUAUAAACUGAUCAAGAUUUGUUGAUUUGUAUUUGUCUCAUUCCAGAUGAGGACCCACCAAAACUUGAAUGUCC